UCAAUUCAAAUAUAUAUAUAUUUUAAAAAUUCAAUAUUGAUCUCUUAGCAUAACAUCUAAGUCAAAUAAACGUCUUUAUAAUGGAAUACUCACCAAACCCUCCCAACAAAACCAAAACACAAUGCAAAAGAAACCUCAAACUCCUUAGCCUCAAAGCACAACCUCCCUUCUUCUUCUUACCUUAGAAAUUCACAAAAUCGACGUUUCGAAAGAUGGAGGGAUUAAUUCCUAUGGUGUAUAAGGUCAUUAAGCGAAACAAGGUUCGUAGGCAAUACCGGUGUCUUUCUGUAGGAGCUGCACAAACGUACAACAUAGCUGAUUUUUAUGAUUAUGGUAAUGAACAUGAUCAUGAUCAAGGUGCAACGUAUGAUGUUGUUACUAGGUCGGAGCCUAGCGGGGGCGUGUUCGAUGGAAGAAGCCAUGGGCAUCGACGGUAUGGGUCUACCGGCGAGUAUGGGUAUAACUUCAACUAUGAUCAUGAUAAUGAAGUGUAUGGUGUUGGUAGGAAUUCUAGCUCUCCUCCUAAGCAAAUUAUGAAGAGAUAUAGAAGUCAUAGAAUGUUUUCUUGCUUAACAGGUGGUAUGUAAUUUUAUUUUUAUUUUUUGUUUUUUGGAAUUGUGUAAUAAUUAUAAGCAAUGGUUUGAUUUGUUCCACAAUUGUAUUUAAAAUUUCAACCUUUUUUUAAAGAAAAAAAGAGGGUUAAAAAAUUGUACAUAUCAUCAAUUAUUAAGUCAUGAUCAUGAAUUAAUGUAAUUGAUUAGUGGGAAAAUGAUUGUAAUAUAGAAUGAUUAAGAUUAGUUGAAUAAGACAUGUUUGCUUGGCUUGCAAUAA